AUGGAGCGUUUUAUGGGGGCUAUGCGGAUGUUGUCUGAGCGAGAAAGCUUCGAUGUAAAGUAUUUGGUCGAAGGGUACAGCUGGAAAGCUCUAGGGAAAGGACUAGUGGUGGACGUGGGAGGCAGCUUUGGGCAUUGCAGUUACGCCAUUGCCGCAACAGCUCCGGACUUGAGCUUCGUCGUGCAGGAUCUCGAUGAAGUGGUCCAAGCUGCAAAGACGGGGCAAGUAAAAGACCAGAAAGAAGAAAAUAUCAAAUUCGAGGCGCACGACUUCUUCGAACCCCAACCAAUCAAGAAUGCAGACGUCUAUCUUCUUCGAUUCAUCUGUCAUGAUCAUUCCGACAAGUAUGCCGCAAAGAUUCUGGCAAACAUUGUGUCUACCAUGGGUCCAACAAGCAGAAUCAUCAUCAUGGAUGGGGUAACGCCGCCUCCUGGGACUUUGAGCAGGGCUGAGGAGAGGAAGUUGAGGGUUAUGGAUAUGAACAUGAUGAUAAGUUUCAAUAGUGGCGAGAGGGAUCUUGAUGGUUGGACGUCGCUUUUCAAGAUGGCUGACUCGAGGCUGGGACUCCGGCACAUAGUGACACCGCCGGGCUCUGCGUUGUCCAUCAUGGAGCUUGACCUUCGAGGGCCGGAUAGCAUCUUAAGUCCUGUCUGA